UCGAAAAAGAAGCCGAAAAAGAGCCCCACCGAGGAACAUAAUGCAAAACGAUAAGUUCGCGGCUCCGCCAGCAGGCUUUUCCUCGGCCCCGCCGGCAGGAUACCCCCCACAGGAAUACCCACCACAGGGAUACCCACAACAGGGAUACCCCCCACAGGGAUACCCAGCACAGGGAUACCCACAACAGGGAUACCCCCCGCAGGGAUAUCCCCAGCCCGGCUUCAUACAGCAGGGAAACCCACCACAGUACUACGGUGCACCACCCGGACAGGGACCACCGCCACCGAACCAUCACUAUGGCUCGGUGCCGCCCCCGGCUCCAACUCUGCCACCACAGGACGCACCAGCUACUGUUGUGCCCCCCCAGGGCUGCUUCAGUCGCGGCCAAACGAACAAGCCCCAAUCGAAUGCUGUGGGAGCUGCUGGUCUGAUCUUUGUCUCGGGUGGAAUGAACAUUGCGUGGUCCAUCGGGUUCCGUGGUGCUCUCUUCUACCAUGCCACAACUCACGACUAUAUUGCCUGGUUCAUUGCCGCCAUUAUUGGAGCAGUUAUCAGCUGCUUAAUCCCCAACAAGGUGCCCAGGAAGUAUAUCUUGCUAGUCGGGGCGCUUUUGGUGACGGUUGGAGGCAUUGAGAUGGCCGCCAUUCGAUCGAAUGGCGGUGCAGUUCUAGCCGGCUCCUACCUGGAUGGAAUAGGCAAUGGACUGGUGUUUGCUCCUUUCAUGGCCCUGGCCGGUGAGGUGUCCGUUCCGUACAUGCGCGGCCUGGUCACGGCGAGCCUCGAGCAGAUGUGCUUCGGCAUCGGCAUCUUUCUGCAGAUCAUCUAUACCAGCACAUGGGCCUCAUCUGGUUUCUACUAUUCGUCCAGUGGCUUUUCGCCCGAGAAUCUAAAGGGAAUCCUGAGCGCCGUAUAUGGUGGGCUAUCCCUACUCCUGGGCGCAUUGCUGUGCAUUGAAUCGCCGGUCCAGAUGCUGGCAAGGGGCGACGAGCCAGGCGCUAUCGAUACCCUCCGCCGGCUCCAGCGACCCUACACCCUCACGAACGCCACCUACGAACAGCUGGCUGAGCACAAGCGAUAUCUGGCCGAAAACCGGGACCUAUCCAUGUCCCAGAGCAUUGUCCAGGCCCUGCCCGCCUUCCUCCGACUGACCUAUUUGCGCGCCAUGAAUGCCCUCAGCAUAUCCAGCAUUGUAGUCUUGGUCCUGAUCAUUGCCAUCCUUGCGAACCGAGGAUCGUCGACUGGCUGGCUGGUUGGGUUCGCCGUCUGCCGCUGGGCGGGCAACUUUAUUUCCACCUUCAUCAUGGAGAGCGUGGGCCGCAAGAAGCCGCUUCUGCUGGGCUUGCUCGGCUGCAGCUGUCUCGGCUUUGCCAUUGGUUCCAAGUACAGCUUCUACUAUGGCAUGGGCGGAAUGGCCGUCAUGAUGCUGAUAUUCCAGGUCUUCGCCGGCCUCGCCUUCGUCUCCACCUCGCCCUACCUGUCGGAGGCCUAUCCGCUGGCGGUCAAGCAGUACUUCAUCGCGUUCACCUUCAUCGCUGAGAUGCUCGUCUUCAUCAUCGUCGGGUCGGCUCACUUUAAUAUCUACGAUGGGGGCAACUACUUCUAUGCCGUCGGUGGCAUGUAUCUGUUCGCCUUCCUGGCUGGCAUUUUCUGCCUGCCAGAGACCCGAUUGACCACGCUGCGCGGCGCUCAGCAGCAGUUCAGCGGAUUCAUCAAUAGGAGUUUCUAACAGAAAACACACACAAGCUGUUUGCUUCUUGAUGGGAGAUACAGCCAGCGGUUUGCACGAUCUUACCUUAGGUAUUAGUCGAACCAAAGAUAAUAAAUAUUUAUAGCCCCUCACGAGCGUACGAGUA